AUGGAGGAUUUCCAAGAAAAGUUGGAGGAGCCAAUCAUAUGCGCCACAACUCUCAAUGUCGUGCGGCUGAUUGGACGAUACAUGCAAGUGCUGCACGCUAUCCCCAACGCCCACGACGACGUCUUCGCCGGCGUUGCGCAGUUGGUUGACUAUUAUCUGUUUGCCGUUUACCAAUUCUUCGGAACGCCAUUGCCUGCGCGUGGAGCUGCUCCGAGUGGUGGUACUCUCUACUCCAGUAGUCCCAGCAGUCCCACCCCACGCACCACUGUGCCGGCUAACAAGUUUGAGACCGUUCUCGGAUCUGAGGGGCUGUCACGGCUACUGAUUAAAAUGCGCGGCAUGGUGUCCAGUGGUGGUAUGCACAUUGCACCGGGACAACUGGUGGCCACCCCAACCAUAGCGCCAUCAGUCCCAAUCAGCAACAAACAGGAGCUGUGUGGGUUGGCUGCGCGUGUGUGUGGCCUUGAGUCGCUCAAGUACAUCGCCAAUGUCCUCAAUGACCUCAAACCAACAUUCCUGGCCAUCUGCCCCAGCACCACACUCGUCAAACUACACGCCUUCUACAAAGAAACGGUCAAUCAGAUCGAUGACUUGGUCGCGUACUGCUACCGCAACAUCGCCACUAAACUCAUGCGCUAUGAUCUGCCGUUGAGUGAAAUGAAUGCCAUGAGAUGGGAUCUGCAUGACAUUUCCACAGAGCAGCACAAGUACGUUGACACCACCAUCCGGCAGUGCCAGCAGUUCAGCGACCGCCUAACCCAACUGGGCUAUGAGAAGAUCCCGCCUGUGGUACAAGAACACGUGUGGAGUCAGGUCAUCCGUGUGACCAUGUUCAUGUUCAUUGAGGGCUUUUCUAGUGCGCGGCGUUGUUCAAACGAGGGCCGUGCGAUGAUGAUGUUGGAUCUCAAAACGUUUGUGCCAGUGCUCGAGUCACUCACCACUCUCAGGCCCAUUCCCUAUGUGAAGCCAGUGGAGCUGUUCAUUAAGGCGUUCUACCUACCUGAGCCUGCCCUGGAGGAAUGGUUAACCGAAAGCACAGUCUACACCAAACGCCAACUGGAGACAUUCAUCAGACACACCGCAACCGUCGAUCAAUUCGCACGCACGCGAUUACUGGCCAUUCUGAGUGCCAAGAAGUGAGCUGCGUGUCACGAAGUCUUUGGCAGUGGACUGUCACAAUGUUUCUGCAUUGGACUGUCACAAUCCUUCUAUAGCGGAUUUGCUUUACACUUCAAUUGGGCGGAGCCAUAAGUCCCGAUGAAGAGAGCGCGGCAUCAUGAAUCACCAGCGUAUUAUACUCGCAGGGCAGUGUGGCAUGCUAGGGCGUGCCCAGUCAAGAGGUCCUGUGGAUCAGAAUGACAGCCGCGAUGUCUUAGGUCUCUUGGCUGCGAGUGUCCUGCGCCGCUGUUGAUUCGGCCGUGGCAUAGCUGGCGAUCGCAGUGUCAUCGCUUGGGCAAUUGCGACCUGCGCUGUGUGCUUUAUCUCUGUGCAUUGGCUGUGUAGCCUUGCGUUGCAUGAGUGGAUCACGCAUUGGUUGACUAGAGAGGUACCUGAGAUACCGCUUGAACUGUGCUGAGGUGGUGCUGUUUGGAAGCGUUCCCUUGGCACUCCUUGCAUCGCCCGCUCGCAAUGUAGGUUCUGCGGAUAAACUUUAACUACAUCAGGACAUUUGUUUAUAGGUAAGAUAGCCUCUGCGUCUACCUUGUUCUUAUGUAGACCUUUGCGAAACUUCUUAUUAAAAGCCUUCAAUACGUCUGGGUCAUCGAAUGCCGAUGGGGGUGGAUCGUAUUGUGCGCCAUCUGCAA